AUGUCUCUCCCAAGUGCUUCAUAUUUUAUCAUAGGUUCAUAUGGAAGCUAUCAAUACUCUGUUGGACGAGCUCCCGCUGAGGACAAGAGUCUCAAUCCAAAACAAGUCUAUUUGCUUCGUCCUUCAGCAGUAGGAAUGACACCAUGGGUUCUUAUAAGGACACCACACGGUUACGUCCUCAAAAUUAAAGAAGCUCCGACCGGUAUUGUUAACGACGCCGUCGUUGCAAUCUUGAAUCUGAAUUUGACCCGCUAUGUUGAAUGGGGUUUGGAGCCAGUCCCCGGAGAACAAGAUCACUUUCGCAUCCGAGGACCCAAUGGUCAAUACUGGACUGUAGACGAUAGAGACACUCAAAACGGUCGCCGAAUUGUUCUUCGAGAAGGUGGAGAGGGUAGCCAAACCUUCACCUUUCUCCGUUUAUACGGGGGGUUUGCUGAAGAAGAGGAGAAGUAUUCACGCCCUGUUGACAGCAAUCAGCGCGACUACGACUCCGAAAGAAACCGCGAUGAUGAUCGCCAGGGAGUUUUCGGAUACGGAAAGAGAGAGAAGAAGUUCUGCUCCUAA